UGCAGAUAGAAAAUGGCGCUGCACCAAAUCACAGCCCUCAAUUCUACCCCAUUCGCCCUUCAUUUUGCUCCAAUUCGCAGUUCGGAGAUUCAAUCCCAGAGGCGGCCGCCGCAGCUCCGGUUCCGCGUCGUCGCCUGCGUCUCGACGGCGAAAACCAAACCUCCCCGGAGGAAACCUUCGCCAGACGCCGAGAAAGCGGAGGCCGAGGAGCUGGUUCGCGUCAUGGUGAGGAGCUUCACCGAGAAGGAGCCUCUCUCAAAGACGCUGAACAAGUACGUAAGGCUCGUAAGGACUCAACACUGCUUCAUGCUGUUCGAGGAGCUCGGGAGGAAGGGCAAAUGGCUCCAAUGUCUCGAGGUGUUCAGGUGGAUGCAGAAACAGAGAUGGUAUGUAGCCGAUAAUGGUGUCUACUCCAAGCUGAUAUCUGUCAUGGGGAAGCACGGCCAAAUCAGGAUGGCAAUGUGGCUCUUCUCGGAGAUGCGCAACAGCGGAUGUCGCCCCGAUACUUCAGUGUAUAAUUCACUGAUAUCAGCUCACCUCCAUUCCAGGGACAAAGCGAAAGCUCUGGCAAAGGCACUCGGCUACUUCGAGAGGAUGAAAGGUUUGGAGAGGUGCCAGCCGAAUGUAGUUACCUACAACAUCCUCUUGCGAGCGUGUGCUCAAGCUCGAGAGGUGGAUCAAGUCAAUGCAUUGUUGAAAGAGCUUGAGAGCAGCAAUGUGUCGCCUGAUGUUUAUACGUAUAAUGGCGUUAUGGAUGCAUACGGAAAGAACGGGAUGAUUUCUGAGAUGGAAUCUUUGCUUACGUUGAUGAAGAGCGAUCGGUGUAAACCCGACAUUAUAACCUUCAAUCUUCUGAUAGAUUCAUAUGGCAGGAAGCAGCAGUUUGCUAAGAUGGAGCAGGUUUUCAAGAGCUUGUUGAGUCAUCCCAAGGAGAAACCGACUCUCCCCACUUUCAACUCGAUGAUCACGAGCUAUGGGAAAGCGAGGCAGAGGGAAAGAGCAGAAUCUGUGUUCGAGAAGAUGACUGUUGAGAUGAAGUACACGCCUAGCUUCAUCACCUUUGAGAGUAUGAUCACUAUGUACGGGUUUUGUGAUUGCAUGUCUAAUGCUCGGGAGAUAUUCGAUUCGAUGGUUGGGUCAGGGAAGGAGAUUAGGGUGUCAACGUUGAAUGCAAUGCUCAGUGUUUACUGCAUGAAUAAGUUGCACAGUGAAGCACAGUUGCUUCUCGAGAAUGUCGGCGGGCUUGGGGUGAGACCGGAUUCUUCAACGUAUAAGCUUCUGUAUAAGGCAUACACUAAAGCUAAUCAGAAAGAGCUGGUGGAGAGAUUGCUGAAGAGAAUGGAGAGAGAUGGUGUUGUCCCAAAUAAGAAGUUUUUCCUGGAUGCUUUGGGAAGUUCCAAGUCUUCGGCAGAAGGUUCAGAGUCUAAUAGGAGAUCGACAAAUUCGCAGAAUGCUACAAAGAGUCUGAAGACAGCAGCAAGCCCCUACUUUAGCAAGCUUGCUUCAAGUCCAAGCAAAGCCAUUCACCCACGAAAGGAGGACAAGAAAGAGAUCAAAGAUAUUGAUAUUGUGGUUUAGGUGAUGGAUACCAAACUGCUAUGCUAGAGUAACUAGUCAAGCUAGGUGUUGCUUGCUUCAGCAGUUAUCAACUCCUGGAUUCAAGACCAAAGGGUUGCUGUUAUAACUUGUACCGGUUAAGCUCGCUGAUUAAGAGCAGGCAGGCUGACGACAAAACUUGAGCUCUUCACUCCACGUUUAUCGAGUGAUGGCAGCAGUGGCCGCUCGUGAGCUUUUUGUUAUUUUAUAGAGCGGUGAAGUAGGUUCUUUUGUUGUAGUCGAGCAAAUUGUAAUUCUGUACAUACGGUGUAGAACUUGCAUAACAAGUGCAACUUGCUUAAUACAAGUUCAUUAGUCCGAAAGAAAGGACUGCAAGAGGUCGUUGGCAAGAACACCUGCAUCGUAGGUUAACUUAAUCUCCUAUGAACUAUGCAGACUUUCAGCACUAUGUUUUGAGUCAAGAAAACAGAGAACCAAGUUGUGAAGCCAAUAAUAUAAGGGUUUUCCUUUCAUCAGUA